CUCCUACUCCGUUCUUUUCCCCUCUCUCUCUCUCUUCCACUCCUGUCUCACUCUAUAACUCCUCUGGUCCAGGUUUAGAAAAUUAAUUCACUACGAUUUCGCUCCGCAUUUCAUCUCUCUCUCUCUCUCUCUCUCUCUAAAUUCUAAAUUUCCUUAGGAUCACUCAAAAUUCGGGAAUUUCAUCCCUCGAUUUACAGUACUCAGCCCUAGUUCUCUCUCUCAAAGCCAGUUAUCUAGAGAGAGAGGACGUAAAGGCCUGGUUCUAGGGUUUCUGGACCUUGGCUUGAUGGCGGCCUUGCAAGGGAGCCACCAUCUAAUGGUCGAGCGCUCCUCAGGCCGAGCUCAGGCUGAAUUUCGGCCAUCCGAUUGUGUGCAACUCCCCCAAGUUGAAGAAAUCUCAACCGUCAAAACUCCUGAAAGGGUUAAGAGAGAUGAAUGGAGUGAAGGUGGAGUCACUUCUCUUCUUGAUAUCUAUGAAUCAAAAUGGCUCCUUCGAAAUCGAGCAAAACUGAAGGGUUCGGAUUGGGAGGACAUAGCCCGCCAGGUCUCAAUGAGAAACUCAGGGACCAAGCCAUCGAAGACCCCAAACCAGUGCAAGAACAAGAUCGAAUCGAUGAAGAAACGAUACAGAGCUGAGAUAGCAUGCAAUUCUCUCUCUGGGUCUUCUGCAUGGCAAUUCUAUAAUCGAAUGGAUGGGUUAUUAAGGGGAGCUUACUCUUCUCAAGUGAGGAUCAAUGGUGAUGGAGCAGGAGAACCAGUAGUUACAGAUUUGGGCCUACAAGCCUUACCCAAAGUGGAAUUGGACAAUUCAGAGCAAGAAUUGAAGAGAGGGACUGAAAUGGGGAGACCCCAAAAUCAGGAAGUUGCAGAGGUUGAAGGCCAAAUUCAAGAGAGCAAUCAAGAAGAUGGGUCUAAUACUUUGCCUGAUAGGAAAGAUAGCAGGAAUGAAGAUAGUGAUACGAGCACACCAAAGAGCAAACUCGGUGAUUGUGGAGAUGGGUCUCGUAAAGGAGCUCGUUAUAAGCGAAGAAAGAUAAGAGAGAACGAGAGUGAGUUAGCAGGGAGCAUCAGAGCUUUGGCUGAUUCAAUUUUGAAGAUCGAGCAUGCUAGGGUUGAAAUGUAUAAGGAGUCAGAGAGGUUGAGAGCUGAGGUCGAAGUGAAAAGGUCUGAAAUGGAGUUGAAAAGGACUGAAGUAAUAGCGAAAACACAGUUGCAGAUCGCUAAGCUUUUAUCGAAGAGAAUAAGAAAUCAGAGUAACAAGAGGAUGGGACCACCACCUUCGGGGUCGGGUGCAGAGGAGACGAUGGCCACAUCCAGGCAUCGUGGUUCACACUCUUACUACGGUAUAGACUCUUAUCUUGAUUCAUGGUGGUCUAUUCUCCUACAAAGAUUAUUUUUCUCAGAUGCAGAUCAGCGUUUUGAAGAACUUUUAAUGAUUAUUUGAUUGGUUUUACUGUUUUAAGAUUGAAUGUUCUUAGAUUUGUUGGAUUCCUGGGAUGCCCUGCGUCACCAUAUUUCUGGGCUAUUCGUCAUAGAAUGAUAUCGAGUUAUUGGCAUUUGUUAAAUGGCCUACUUUCUUAGUAGUUGGUCAAUUUGAUUUGCUUAGGUAGAUUAGGGGUUGAGCUCAUAAAAGCUCACCAGUACUGUUCCAAUUAGCAUUUUGCAGGAUUUCUUAAAUCUAGUUAGUAUUGUUCUAUUUUGUUCUUGAAACUAAAUGUAAAUUUCAUAGUUCAUGUAGUUGUUUAUGCUUUUAGUGUCUUUCAAACAUGACAUGCUCUUUUGAUUAACAGCGGCAUGAUGUUGAGGGAAAUUUCAUUUAAUCGAGGGAAUUUCCCUUAGAAGCUGCAAUAUUAUGGGUAUGUAAGCUAA